GUCCCAGGUUGAUGUUAUAUAACACUGAGAAUGUAACAGAUGUAUUGUUACUGUGUGUAGGCGGAGGAAGUCAAAUCUGAUUAGAUGUCUUUCAGCCUUUAAAACAUACGGAACCAAAGACACUGUCCUGAAUCACAAGUCAUCAAAGCUGCAGCUUCGUGUGACGCCAUGACUUCCAGAGUGUGCCCCCUCCUGCUGCUGCUAGUAUGCAGCCUUGCUGUGGCCAAAGCUCAACUGAAAGUGUUCAAUCUGAGGGCCACUGAUCUUCCCGCAGACAUCUUUGGAGUCACAGACGGCUACGUGAAGGUGUCCUGCAUGUCCGCAAUUCUUGGUCAAACAGAGGUUCGCCAUAACAGUGCAAACCCAUGGUGGGAUGAGCAAUUCUUCUACUACGAGGCUCAGGAGAAUGACAUCCUGAGGCUUGAACUACAUGAUGAAGAUGUCAUCUUUGACGACCUGUUGGGAGCCUGUCAGAUAAACAUCAAACCAGGAACCCAUGAGCAUAACUGCUACCUGGAAAAAGGCGUUCUCUAUUACUCCUACACUUUUACUCCAUAGUAAUGAAGCAAGUUCAGAUGGGUGAAACCUUUAGCUCUUACUGACGUCUGUUGAUGAUACAACUGUUAUUCUAAAGUGUAGUUCCAGCAACACCCGAUUCUGAUUUGUACUACAAUAAACAAUGGUCAAAAUACCCAAAA